AUGAAUUUCCAGGACUAGCUUGCCUUCCCACUGGGUGUAUUGCUGUGCUGUGCUCUCCAAACAUCUGCUGUUCACCAUCCUGCAUCUCAUAACUGCACCAGCAGUGCUCAAAGAAUAUCCUUGAGCCACUCCUGUAAGACUGACCUGCCCACAUCCUCCCAAAUUAAAUCUAAAGCAAAUCCAUUACAGCAUACUAAAGAGAAUAGUAGGGUGCAGCUAGAUCCUUGAGAGGCUGAGAAAAGGGAGCAGAAUAUAAUCUUUAGGCACAACGUCAAUGUGCACCCACCUACAGGGAACUGUGAAACUUGACUCACGUUAAGGAUCUCUGAAAGGGUGGAGAAGCUUUAGAAGGAAGUGGCAGAGCUGAAGGAAAUUUUCAGUCCUUAGAAGUGCUGUUGGGAAAGCCAAGGCUGUGGAAAACUUUCCAAUGGACUCUCUGGGGUGGUCAUGGAACCUGCAUUCCUGCUGACCAUGGACAAACAUGUUGGAAAAAUCAAGGCUGGAGCUGGUCCCUUCUUGGACCUGGGGCAGAUGGACAAGUUGUGCAUUGUGGUGUUGUUCUGGCUGGGUGUGCCUCGCUGCAGUUGCCGUGGCAAUGCUGGGAAGUGUGGCUGUGAUGAGCCUUCUGGUGAGGAUUGCAGCCUUCAGGUGUGCCUGGAGAACUGUAGCAGCAGUGGGAUCUGUGGCACGGCCAAAGGGGUCUGCCAGUGCCACAAGGAGUUCAUUGGACAGGACUGGAGUGAGAAUCAAUAUCCUGGGGAUUGCAGUGGCAACGGGUUCUGUGACACAGGAGUGUGCUACUGUUACAAUGGCUUCUUUGGCCUCAGCUGUUCCAAGGUCCUUGCUCCCCAGAAUAUGCAGUUGCUGAACCCCACAGAGAACUGUCUGUCUGUCAGCUGGGAUCCUGUGACUGAUAUGGAUAAUCAUCUCCUUACCUAUUAUCUGGCUUGGUAUGAAAUGAUGGUGAAACAAAUCCAUGUGCCCAAAGAGCAGCUCAGCCAUGAGAUUACUGGUGCCAGGGUGGAAUCUCACAAUGUCAAACUUCCAUCACAUGUGAAGGGGAUUGCCAGUGAGCCCAAGCAUCUAGAAACAAGUACAGUCCAGUCUGCAGUCAAUGUCAUCUGGGUGCCAGAGGAGAUGGAGUACUCCCUGGAAGUGGAGUGGGUGAACCCAUCAACAGAUGUGCAUUAAUACAAGCUGAAGUUCAGAUCCCUAGUGGAGAUGGAUGAGAAGCAGGUCAUGGUGCCCAAAAGCAAUGACCCUAAGAGCAGAUACAUCCUCACUGGCCUGAAACCUGUAACAGAACAUAAGGUCACUGUCACACCUGUGAAAGACAGCACAGAGGGGAAGCCAUCCUCAGUGACUGGCAGGACUGGUAUCCCAACCAACCUGACAACCGACCAAGGGACAGAAGAUACCGCCACUGCCUCAUGGAAUAAAAUGGAGGCUCCCUUAGACAGGUACAUGGGGAGAUACACCUCAGCUGAUUGAGACACCAAGGAAAUACAGUUGGGCAGUGCAAAUGACAUGAUCACUUUACUGGAUCUGAAGCCUGACAUGGAAUAUGUUGCUGACAUCUGCUCAGAGAAGGGGCUCCAGAGGAGCAAGAAGGCAAGCACCAGAGCUGUGACAGAAAUUGACAGCCCAACUAUCAGUAACCACAAGCAUCAUCACAGAGAGAUUCUAAUUACCUGGAGAAAUCAACAGCCUGGCUCACCUUGCUGUGCCUCAGUGCCUUACCUUGCCUUGCUGUGCCUCUUCAUCGUCAAUGCCAAGUGUGUAAUGGACAGCACGAGUCUGGUAACUGGCCAAGUGACAGAGGACUCAGCCACCAUCUCCUGGGACAGAGUGCAAGCUCCCGUGGACAAGUAUGUGGUGGGCUACACUUCUGCUGGUGGGCACAUUAAAGAAACAGAAGUGGGGAAGGACAGGAGCAUUACCACCCUUCCAGGACUGAAGCCAGGCAUGAAAUUCCCUAUCCAUCUCUGGACAGAGCUGGGGAGCAAGCAGAGUAAGAAGGCAAGCACUGACAGGUAAUUUGACUUUUCUUUUUGCACAGAGACUGAUCCUCCCAAGAACCUCCAUGUGUCAGGUGUGACUCAUUCUACUGGUGUAGUUACCUGGACUCCUCCCACAGCACAGAUUGAUGGCUGUUCUCUGACCUACCAGGGUGAAGAUGGCACAAGCAAAGAAGUACAUCUGGGUCCCAGCAAAUGAUUGUUUGUGCUAGAAGGGCUGGAACAAGGAAUGAGGUACACUGUCUUUUUGAUGGCCUACAAGGGAGAUUGCCUGAGCAGAAAGAGCAGAGGCUCUGUUCACACAGUGAGCUUCCUCUACCUGUAUCCCACGGAUUGCAGCCAGGUGCAGCAGAAUAGAAAUGCCUCCAGUGGCAUGUACACCAUUUACCUGAACGGGGAUGGCAGCAGGCUGCUGCACAUGUACUGUGACAUGAGCACUGAUGGAGGCAGGUGGAUACUGAGUGAGGCUCUGCUCCUCUUCCUGCUUUUUGAUAAAUGUAAUCACAUGGACAUGACACAAAUGUUAAGUAAUUGUCUUUUAUUUCUAGGUUUUGACAAGCUGCACAACCUCAGGGGCUGCAGCUCCAUCUGCUACGAGCUUGUGGCUUUGUGGACAGCCAGGGAAUCUGUCUCUGCUGUCUAUGAUUUCUUCCAGGUUGCCUCAAGGCUGUCACUAGGGAAUUACAGAGGCAAUGUUGGGGUUGCAAGGACCUACCACAAUGGCUGGAAGUUCACAGUGUGGGACAGGGACAAUGAUGUGGCUCUCAGCAACUGUGCCCUGAUGCACCAGAGCGCAUGGGUAAAGAACUGCCACCCAGCCACUCUCAGUGGGAAGCACAGGGAGAGAAAUCACAGGGAGGGUGUGAACUGGGAGUCAUGGAAAGGACAUGAAUUCUCCAUCUGUUUUAUGGAGAUGAAGAUUCAUCCUCAUUCUUCCAGUGAUAAGCCAGUCCUGGGGAGGAGGAAGAAGUCUUUAUCAGAGAAGAGGAAAAGGUCAGGGCUUAAAUAG